AUGACGGACGGAAACGAACAGACGCCAUCUACGUUGGCGUUGAAUACGUUUGAUUCAAAUAACGGGUCGCAGAGCUCGCUGUGGCCUAAAAAUUCCCAUGAUGAUGGUAUAGUUCACGAGAACGAAGGGAUGGGAUCCACCUCAUCGGAGGCACCGAUGUCAAAAGGCAACAGCGGAGUGUCGAAGGACAAUAAUACGAAUGCAAGGAACCGUGUGUCGGAUCUUGUAACAACGCCAGCACCUACAUUCAAGGAGAAGUUACAAGCGUACUUCUACAACAAGGGAAUGGCACCCAUGCCCGAAUAUAUGGUGAAAAUCUACAGAAAUACCCCCAGAUACAUUUACGUGAACCACGAGUUGCCUGAGGAGUUGAGGGACUCCAAAACGGGCCAUCCUUUGUUGAUGUAUCCCAGAAAUAAGAUCAGAACCACUAAAUAUACCCCAUUAUCGUUUUUGCCCAAAAAUAUCUUGUUUCAAUUUACAAAUGUGGCCAAUACAUAUUUCUUGAUAUUGGUUAUCUUGGGUGCGUUCCAGAUUUUUGGGGUGCCAAACCCUGGUUUGGCAGCGGUGCCUUUAAUUGUCAUUGUGUGUAUUACUGCCAUCAAGGACGCCAUCGAAGAUUACAGAAGAGGGUCCAGUGACUCUGAGUUGAAUAACUCGCCGAUCCAUUUAUUGCAAGGGUUGAAUAAUACCAAUGUAUUGACCACGUAUGUGGGUCCAUGGAGGAAAUUUAAAAAGUCCUGCACCAGACAGACUAAUAAGUUCUUCAAAGCGUUGAAAAGAGCUGCUAUUAUGGUGUUUGGCAAAAAAUCUAAUAAAGCUGAUCUUCUUAGACAAGAGAAAGAGGAGGAAAUCAAUGCCUUGCAUAGAGUUUCUACUGUGCAUUCCGAAUAUUCGUAUGCUUCAAAUAGAGCUUCGAUGAAUAGACCCUCGUCGAGUAGGCCGAGAAAGUCGGGGCAAUCGCGUGUUUCAAGAAAUGUACAUUCUAAGCCGUUGUCCGAUUCGAUAGUUAGUCCCCAUCUUUUCGCUGAUAACUCUACUAAUACUGUCUUUAAAAAUCGUAGAUGGAAGGAUGUCGCGAUUGGUGAUUUUAUUAGAAUUAGAGCUAACGAGGAAGUUCCAGCUGAUGUGAUCAUUAUAUCAUCUUCAGACAUUGAAGGAAAUUGUUAUAUUGAAACUAAAAAUUUGGAUGGUGAGACUAAUUUAAAGGUUAAAAAUUCAUUGAAGUGUGGUGGUUCUGGUAACAUUAAACAUUCUCAAGACUUGGGUAACACUAGAUUUUGGAUCGAAUGUGAUGCGCCAAACAGUCAUUUGUAUACCUUCAAAGGAACAAUUCAUUAUGAAAAUUAUGACGCAAAUGGCCAAUUGAUUAAUGAAGAUGAAAAAGAAGCAAUUAAUAAUGACAAUGUUUUGUUGAGAGGAUCCACCUUGAGAAACACAAAAUGGGUUAUUGGUGUUGUUGUUUACACCGGUAGUGAAACAAAAAUUAUGUUGAACUCGGGUAUCACUCCAACCAAAUCGUCUCUUAUUUCAAGGCAAUUGAAUUUGUCUGUUAUCAUCAAUUUCUUAGUCUUGUUUAUUUUAUGUUUUAUUUCAGGGUUGAUCAAUGGUCUAUUCUACAAUAAGGAAAAUGUCUCAAGAUUAUAUUUUGAUUUUAAACCAUAUGCUCCCACUGCAGCAGCUAAUGGUGUCCUUGCUUUCUUUGUGGCUUUAAUUAUUUAUCAGUCUUUGGUUCCAAUUUCAUUAUACAUUUCUGUUGAAAUUAUCAAAACUUUACAAGCGUUUUUUAUCUAUUCAGAUAUAAAGAUGUAUUAUGAUAGACUUGACUUUCCUUGUAUUCCUAAGUCUUGGAAUAUAUCUGAUGAUUUGGGACAAAUUGAAUACAUCUUCAGUGAUAAAACUGGUACAUUGACCCAGAAUGUUAUGGAAUUCAAGAAGUGCACGAUCAAUGGUAAGUCGUAUGGUUAUGCCUAUACAGAAGCAAAGCAAGGUUUAGACAAGAGAGAAGGGGUUGAUAUUGUGAAGGAACAAGAAAAAUGGAAACAUAUUAUAGCUGAAAAUAAAACAGAUAUGAUUGAUAACUUAAUCAAAUUCAGUAACAAUGACCAAUUGAAUGAGGAAGCUUUAACAUUUAUUUCCAAUGAUUAUGUUAGAGACACUAUUACACCAGAGUUGGUCUCUGGUAAAGAACAAAAAGAAGCGAAUGAAAAAUUUAUGUACGCUUUGGCUUUAUGUCACACUGUCGUAACAGAACAAAAUUCAGAUAAUCCAAAUUUAAGAGAUUUCAAGGCGGAAUCUCCUGAUGAAGCUGCAUUGGUUGCAGUAGCCAGAGAUGUUGGAAUCGAAUUUAAAGAAAGAUUAAGAAAGUCGUUGGUUUUGAAUAUUUAUGGAAAACCUAGAGAAUAUGAAUUGUUACAGGUUAUACCCUUCACCUCUGCUAGGAAAAGAAUGUCCUGUAUUAUUAGGACUCCAGAUAACAGAAUUCUAUUAAUAUCUAAGGGUGCUGAUAAUGUUAUUUUUUCCAGAUUAGACAAUAAUUCGAACAACGAAGAAGUUAUCACUAGAACAGCAUUACACUUAGAAGAUUUUGCGAAAGAGGGUUUAAGAACAUUAUGUAUCGCUCAGAAGGAAUUAGAUCCUAACUAUUUUCAAAAUUGGUUAGCAAGAUAUAAGGAAGCUUAUUCUUCUAUUGAUGACAGUCGUGAUGAGAUUAUUGAUGAAUUGGAUGAAGAGAUAGAACAGAACUUAAUACUUUUAGGUGGUACAGCUAUUGAAGACAGGUUGCAACUAGGUGUUCCAGAUUCAAUUGGAAUAUUAAGGGAAGCGGGUAUCAAAUUAUGGGUUUUAACUGGUGAUAGAAUUGAAACUGCUAUCAAUAUUGGUUUCUCGUGUAACUUGUUAGAAAAUGAUAUGAAAUUAUUGGUUGUUCGUCCCGAUGAAAGCGACCCUGGAAAUGUUGCGUACAUUGAUAACUUGGUCACAAAAUACUUGCAAGAGAAUUUCAAUAUGCUAAAUGGAACUACAGAUUUUAAUAAUGAAAUUAAGUCCCUCAUGUCUGAAGCUAAAAAUGACCAUUCAUCGCCAACUGCUAAUUUUGCACUUAUAAUUGACGGUGCUGCAUUGGCACAUAUUUUUGGUGUCUUAUCAAAUGAGAAUGAGUCAAUUCAGAAUUUGAAGAACAAAUUUAUGCUACUUGGUAAACAAUGUAAAUCCGUUAUCUGUUGUCGUGUUUCCCCAUCACAAAAAGCUAGUGUUGUCAAGAUGGUAAAGACCUCACUUCAUGUGAUGACAUUAGCCAUUGGAGAUGGUGCUAAUGAUGUUGCCAUGAUCCAGGCUGCAAAUAUUGGUGUUGGUAUUGCUGGUGAGGAAGGUAGACAAGCGGUUAUGUCGUCAGAUUACGCAAUUGGUCAGUUUAAGUACUUGACUAGAUUAUUACUCGUCCAUGGCAGAUGGUCAUACAAAAGGUUGGCAGAGAUGAUUCCUUGUUUCUUCUACAAGAAUGUCGUAUUCACAUUAACGUGUUUCUGGUUCGGUAUUUAUAACGACUUCGAUGGGUCUUAUCUUUACGAAUAUACCUACUUGAUGUUUUAUAACUUGGCAUUUACUUCAUUGCCAAUUAUUGUUUUAGCUGUUUUGGACCAAGAUGUUUCAGAUACUGUUUCACUUUUGGUUCCUCAGUUAUACAGAUCUGGUAUUUUGGGACUUGAUUGGUCACAGUAUAAAUUCUCAUGGUAUAUGUUUGAUGGACUUUAUCAGUCAGUUAUCUCGUUUUACUUCCCAUACUUGUUGAUGUAUAAAUCAUUCCAAAAUCCUCAAGGAUUAGGCUUGGAUCAUAGAUUCUGGAUAGGUGUGGUUGCUGCUUGUAUUUCAGUUACCGCCUGUAAUGUCUAUGUUUUGUUGCAGCAAUAUAGAUGGGAUUGGUUAACUCUCUUGAUUGUUAGUAUUUCCAUCCUUCUUGUAUAUUUCUGGACUGGUGUUUGGAGUUCCAGAGUAUAUGCUGCUGAAUUUUACAAAGCUGGUGCACAAAUUCUUGGUACUUUAGCAUGUUGGUGUACUAUUUUUAUCGGUAUUAUUUUCUGUCUCUUACCAAGAUUUACAUUUGACUUCUUAAUGAGAAAUUUCCGUCCAAGCGACACUGAUAUUAUCAGAGAAAAGGCACUUGCAGGUGAAUAUGAUGAUUAUCCCGAAGUUUAUGAUCCAACUGAUCUCGAAGAUGUUGAAAAACAUAGGAUAUUGAGUGAUUUAAAACAUGGCGAUCCAUCCGUAUUGGAAAGAAUUGGAAACAACAUUAAGGAGGAGAAAAAUGAAGAUCCCUUUGAUACUGGUAGCACAGUGGAAAAGUCUAAUACUCUUAAGAGAACUUUUAAGACGAUCAAAAGACAUGCCACUGUUUCAAAAUCCAGAAAGAAUACUAUUGCCAGUAAUAAUAUAAACAAGCUUGAUUUAAAUCAAUUAAGGUUACAAAUGAUGAAAGAAGGUCAAUAUACUACUGCCCGAAAUUCUUUAGAUAGAAUUCAAACAACCCAUGAACUUCCAGGAUUAACCCAGGCCGAGACUUUACUUUCAUAUCAUACAAGAACAAGUAUUAAUUUUGAGCGUUGA